AUGGGUAUGUACCACAGCACGAGCGGGAAGGUGGGGUACCAGUACCACCACCAACCGCUGCCGGGCUACCACAUACCUCGCUACCUCAUGAAGAAGAUCCUCAUCCACGAGGACAAGCUGCGUGCUUCUCCCGAGGUGCAAGCGUUGUAUUCGCAGAGCGACGACCUCGCUUGGAUUCGCGACGUCACGCUUCAGGUGCAGAACCGCGCUCUUGCUGAGUACGGCUUCACCGACGCCAGGGGACUCAUCGCCCUCAACAACGCUCGCCUCGAAUACAUCGACGACCCGGAGAUGAAUCAGUUGACCGUUUACCAGCGCCUGGACAACUCGCGUCAGGGCAAGCUCUUCGACGGCGUUGUGCUCCCCAACGUGCGGCUGGCCACGCUCGAUGGCUCCAACGUUAUGCUCUACGACUACCUCGACGCACUCAGGGAGAAGCAGAACCACCUCGGCUCCGCGCCGGGCGGCAGCGGCAAUGAUUUCCCGCCGGCCAAACGGCCGAUCCUGGUCACCGCCGGGACGGUGCAUGUGGACUUUAUGCACCGUCUGCAGAGGGAGCUGGGGGGCAAGGUGGAGCUGUUGUCGGUCUACAUCCGGGAGGCCCAUGCCCAGGAUGAGUGGCCGUUGGGCCAGCGAGUGUGCGUCAAUCAGCACAAGACGAUGGAGGAGCGACUGGCGAUAGCCAACGAAUUCGUGGAGAAGCACGAGUACAAGAUCCCUACGCUCGUGGACACCAUCAGCAACCAAUUCGACCAAGAGUUUGCGGCGUGGCCUGAGCGCUAUUUCAUCAUCGAGCAGGACGCCGAGGGCGCCUAUCGGUGCAGUCAUGUGGGCAUGCCCACCACCGAGUUCGGCUACGACAGGGACCAGCUCGAGAGCCGGCUGCGCUCGCGGGUCGACGAGCUUGUGCGUGCCUAG